UCCCGGGAGCCCGAGCCAAAGUGAGCGCAAAGUGCUGCCCAAGUUGCCGGGAUGGAGCUGCAGAGCCGGCCCGAGGCGCUCGCCGUGGAACUCGCGCGCCACCAGAACGGCGACCUCAAGAAGCAGCUUCACGAAAGGCAGCCGCGGAUCGCCGCGCUCAGCGACAAACAAGCUUUGGGAACGAUCACUGCAGUGCCUGUCACGGGUCCUCAGGUCAGCUCCUUGCAGAGGUUGGCCGGGCAAGGAGCGGCAGUGCUACCUCAGGUUAGGCCAAAGACUCUGAUUCCAGACAGCCUCCCCGUUGCCCCGGGCCGGGACCGGCCACCCAAGCAGCCCCCAACAUUCCAGAAGGCCACUGUGGUCAGCGUCAAGAACCCCAGCCCAGCCCUCCCCACCGCCAACAACACUGUCAGCCAUGUGCCAGCGCCCGGCAGCCAGCCCCAGGCCCUUGCCGAGCCCGCCGCCCUUGCCUCUCCGCUGAGCAGUGCCGGAGUGGCCUACGCCAUCAUCUCCACCUCCCCCAGCAAUGCCGCCGCCAUGGCCCCCAGCACCGCCGUGUCUGUGGUCAGCGACAGCAUCAAAGUCCAGCCCCUCCUCAUCAGUGCUGACAACAAGGUCAUCAUCAUUCAGCCUCAAGUGCAGACGCAGCCCGAGAGCACGGCAGAGUCGCGGCCGCCCACAGAGGAGCCAUCUCAGGGAGCUCAGGCCACCAAAAAGAAGAAGGAAGACCAGCCCCCGACCCAGGAGAACCCCGAGAAAAUCGCCUUCAUGGUAGCGCUAGGCCUGGUUACCACGGAACACUUGGAAGAAAUCCAGAGCAAGCGGCAGGAGCGGAAGAGAAGAAGCACAGCCAACCCUGCCUACAGCGGCCUCCUGGAGACCGAGAGGAAACGGCUGGCCUCCAACUAUCUCAACAACCCCCUGUUUCUCACGGCGAGAGGUAAGCACCGGCUUCAGGCUUUCUGCCAGAGCUGCUCAGGGCCACGGGGAGUCAUCCCUGGGUGUGACCCAGCGCAGGUGCUGCUGCUUCCACACUCCCCUAGAGACGACCUCUCUUCCCCGCACGCAGCCUUAAAGAAAGACGAGGGUGUGCCCUGGACUGGGAUGCUGGCCAUCGUGCACUCCUAUGUCACCCAUAAGACAGUCAAAGAAGAGGAGAAGCAGAAGCUGCUACAACGAGGCAGUGAGCUGCAGAACGAGCACCAGCAGCUGGAGGAGCGGGACCAGAGGCUGGCGUCAGCAGUGCAGAAAUGCCUGGAGUUGAAGACAAGCCUGCUGGCCCGCCAGAGGGGCACCCAGUCAUCCCUGGACCGCCUGCGGGCCCUCCUGAGACUGAUACAGGGCGAGCAGCUGCUCCAGGUCACCAUGGCGACCACUAGCCCCGCCCCACUGCUGGCCGGGCCCUGGACCAAGCCCUCAGUGGCAGCCACACACCCCACCCUCCAGCACCCCCAGGGCCACAACUGACCCCGAGGGACCAGUCUUCACACCCACGGAAAGUUAUCGGGACCCUAUUUACCCAGCCUGGGGGUUCUGUCGGCCUUAAUUCAUAAACACCAUGAAUUUCCGACAAAAAUUAACCAGACAGAGGAGAGGAGGGAGAAAGAGCUGGGGGAGAGGCCUAGAGCCAAGACCAGGUGGGGGUGCGGCCCUGUGCCCUCCACGCUCACAGGAGGUACCGAGGAGCCAGGUGGCAGUACGACAGGCUGUGGCACACAGCCCCACCCCCGGCCACCUCAGGGCUGCCUGGGCCUCCGGCUUCCAGGCCCUGCUCUCCACGGCCUCCCUCUGGCCCAUUGGAGGGGCAGGCUGAGGCUGUGGAGGGGACAAGCGCACCGCCCAGCAUGCAGUCCCCGCUGAGGGCACCGCCUCUUGGUGUCCUGUGGGAGGGGAGCUGAGAACACACGGACUAGCUGAGUGGUAGAGGUAGUUGGGACGAGAAGCGGGGUAGCGGAUCUAGGUAGUUUCCCGAUGCCCCACACUCCUAGGAGGUCCACCUGGGGUGGGCGGGUGGGCCUGGGGCACCCCGUCGCCUUUGCAGAACCGCCCGGGCC